AGGCCUCGCCCCCCCCCCCCCGCUCCUCCUCCGGUGUCACCGUGUUCCCCUAUGGAAGGCGAAGAAGCAGCCGCUCGUCUCAUGGAGGCUCCCCUGAGUGAUGAGGACGCCCAAGAGCUUCCAGAAGAGGGUGAGAAUGGAGCUGAAGGAGCAGCGGCCGCGGAGGAGCUGACUGGGACUGGGGACACAGAGGAUGGGGGUGUCCCCGUGGGGCUCCUGCGGCCAGACAGGGACAUGUUAUGCUCCAGCUCUGUGGACGGUGGAGCAAAUGCUCUUCUGAAGCCCUCAACUGCCUCGAUGGACAGGCAGAGGAGCACUGAGCUCUCAGCCCUUGACAGCUUCCCCCUGAAGCACUCGAACACGCUGACGAACAGGCAGCGCGGCAACGAGGUCUCGGCCCUCCCAGCCACGCUGGACACGCUGUCCGUUCACCAGCUAGCUGCCCAAGGUGAGCUCAGCCAGCUGAAGGAGCAUCUUCGGAAAGGUGAGAACUUGGUAAAUAAACGUGACGAGAGAGGUUUCACGCCACUGAUCUGGGCUGCAGCCUUUGGAGAGAUCGAAACGGUCCGUCACCUGCUGGAAUGGGGUGCUGACCCCCACGCGCUGGCGAAGGAGCGGGAGAGCGCCCUGUCCCUGGCCAGCAUGGGCGGCUACACCGACAUCGUCAUCAUGCUGCUGGAGAGGAACGCGGACAUCAACAUCUACGACUGGAACGGCGGCACUCCUCUGCUCUACGCCGUGCGCGGCAAUCACGUCAAGUGUGUGGAGGCCCUACUAGCUCGCGGUGCCGACCUGACGACAGAAGCAGAUUCUGGCUACACCCCGAUGGACCUGGCCGUGGCCCUGGGACACAAGAAAGGCAAGUGUCCCUUCCACACGUGGCAGGGAGACCUGACUUCCCUCCGCAGCAAGCCUACAGGCAGCUCCCAGCCCAGCUCAGGGCUUUCUUUGACCUUCCACCACAGCUCCCUGCUCUGCCAUGCAGAGAAACCAAGCCAGAGAAGUCAAACUAGGUCCUGUUCCCCUUGCUCCCCCUCCAAACGAGAGCUGUGCUGGCAGCGGGACUGGGACAGGGGAGAUGGGCCCCUGCAGAAAGGGAUUUUCCAGCUUCCCGUUGGAAAACAGGAGCCAAACAGUGACCAGGUCCUGCCCACAGCAGACCUGGGUUCUAACAGGCUUGGCUUCCCUGGGUUUCAUCUCUCUCCCUUCUCUUCCCCUCAUUAGUCCAACAGGUUAUUGAAAAUCACAUCCUCAAGCUAUUCCAGAACAAAGGGUUGGAGUGACAGUGGUUCACGCUGCACCGCUGCAGCACCAGCGCUUCUCCUGGCCGACGCAGGGCUCUCCUCUGGGACCAACGUGGCCUGACCCAGCGGUCCCAAAACGGGCAGCAGCACCACAAUGCUUCGAGCAAGGAGCACGUGGAGGAAGCUGUGAACCAACCGCCUGGCCUCGGCGGAUUUAUGCCACUCCGGGAAGGUGGCACGGCCUCGGUGCCUCGCACCCGGGGACACUCACUCCUCAGGGCGGCUGCAUUUCUGCUCCCUCUGGGCUCGGCUGCUUCGUGCGUGCAUUCAAGUAUUGCAUUCUUUGGAAGUAAACUCUAAAAGCAGC